AUGACUAGUAAUAAAUCAGCUGUAACUGGUGGUUUAUCUGAAAAAAGUGUUCUUUCAGCUACAAUAAUAAAUAAAACACCAGAUACAAUACAUUGUUUCGUUGAAUAUCAAACAGUAUCAGGUACAGAUAAUGAAGUUAUUGAAUUUGAUAUAGAUGGUAAUGGUGAUGAAGAAAAAUGUGAAGAAAAAGUACAUACAACAUCAACAAAUACACAUGAUUCUUCAUCUUCAAAUGUUUUUCCUAAAGUCAUCUAUUCAAUACGAGCUACAAAAUCAGAUGGUUCAAAAUUAAAAAUUAUGGCACCAUUUGAUAAUGUUCCUCAUGGUAAUGCACAUAAUUGGAAAUUUAUUGUUGAUAAUGAUAAAAUUCAUUCUGAAAAAAAUUAA